GAAAUUUCCAAUGUAACGUAAAGUAUAAUCCGGGUGCUGUCAUCUAGAUAUUGGAGGCGAAUGAGAUACUAUAGGGAGAGACGGCCACCCCGUUGUGGGUUUUGCCGACCAAUAGCCGUAGAGACCGCCGGGACGUUCCGCUGCCAAUUACCUGUCAGCAACGUAUGUUGACCUGAACGGACGGUCUUGAGCAUAUCGCCGCCGGGCAACUUUUAGCCACCCUGUCGACGUCUUCGAGCUCUCUUCUUACCAUCACUAGCACUAGUCACACUUCUACUCAAAAUCGACCAAACCCAACCACGAAACCAAGAUGGUUACGCCGAUUGUAUCUGCGGGGGCCCGAAGCGUCUUCGCGGCCUCCUCGACUUCCUUGACUAUGCGCGCUACUGCCCGCAGCUUCCACGCGACCUCACGAAAUCUUGCCGAUGCCGCCGCGGCGCUGCCAGUCCGCAAGCCCGUCGGUGCUUUCCGCGGCGGUCUCUUCGGUUUCCUCUUGGGCACGACCCUCGCUGGAGGUGGUGUCUACGGUUAUACCUUGAGAGACUACAAGGCGUCGAACGAGCUAUUGACGGAAGACAUCUAUGCACUGCAGGCGGCUUGCCAACGAUUGAACGCUUAUGUCAAGGAGUUGGAGGAUAGGAUGGACGCCGCGGAACGGAAACGGAAGUAAAUGGGAGGCUUAUUGCUUUUAUCUUUUCUACACAACCGAGAAACACACAUACACUCUGAGCACUCAUGCGUACGCGACGUGAGUCUGAAAAGGCACAAAUUUCACUAGUUCCAUCGUGUCUGCUUGCCGAACAGACAAUCAAAUACACUAAGAAGGACUGAAGUCAUCAUGUAGGAAGGAAGAAGGAAAAAAGGAAAAAAGAUUGUGUGAGAACUCUACGGAAUUUGUUAGCGGGAGUUCUUGGGCAUUGUCAGCGAUAGAAAACCUGAAAACCAAAUCAUCGUGUACAAAUAGUAGCAGCCGCAUUUUCUCGCUUUCGAUUCCUGUUAGUCUUACAUGAAUUGACGCUUGCGCAUUUUCUCAUGACGUAUUGAUAUUUGUAGUCUUUACAAAUAUCGACAACUAGCUAGUGGUGUCUAAAAGUGCGAAGACAAAAAUUCUGCGUCGAUAUGGUAUUACAGUCUUUCCCAUAUUAGUCAGACCAUUGAAAAUGCAAAAUCGUCUUAUGAAUCGGGACUUUUGAUUAGACU